GUGCGGUAGGAGGACAUGAGUUGCAAUGCGUAACAGGAGGAGGAGUGGAAGCUGGGACGCAGCGGAGGGCAUUGCACGUGCCGACGUCUUUCUGUGAACAUGUCUUUGUGAGAAACUCUUGGCUCGUCACCUUCGCCGGGAUUCCCCGUAAUAUUUUCAACAAGAGACACGCAAGGAGGAGGGAAGAGGAGAGAGAGAGAGAGGAAAAAAAAAAAAAAAAGAAAUAAGAAAAUUGGGCCAAAAUGGACAAAGAAAGUAUUGGUACUCAAUAUGAGCCCGUGGCUGAGAUUGGAGAAGGGGCUUACGGGAAAGUGUACAAGGCCAGAGACUUGAAGAACGGGGGKCGCUUUGUAGCCCUGAAAAGAGUUCGGGUCCAGACGGAGGAAGAGGGGAUGCCUCUCUCCACCAUCCGGGAGGUGGCGGUACUGAGGCAGCUGGAGGCCUUUGAGCACCCCAAUGUUGUCAG